GUCAGUGCAAAUGGUCGCAGUCAAGUGUAGGGGCUUCGCCAAAAAUCCCCUGGAAGCGACAUGAAUUUCGAACGGCUGUUUCGAAAUUCAACCACACCCGACGAGGCUUCUGCACAAUGCUGAUAAAGGUCGGAGUCAACCUUAGGUUUUCACUGGAGAAUUUCGGACUAAAAAGGUUGACAUUAACCUCAAAUGACAACUUGUUGCUGCUGUUAUCUAAAUGUGCUGACCUUCUCGGAGCUCCUCGUCGGCCAACACGUUGUACGCAGCGUACUCGUCUACUCCGUGCAUCCGCAGAAUCUGGACCACGGCGUUACUGAAACCACACAUGGGCUGAGCUGGAGUCCCCUUCAUAAAAACCACCACCUUGUCCUUCUUCACCAUCUUGCCAAGGUCUUUUUGGAGGUCCGACGCCGCGCACAAGAGUCGUGUAGAGGCCGUCCACGCGCGUCCUUCGGCUUGUCCGGGUAGAGAAUAUGCCGCUCCGAACCGCAAACACCGAGAAGUGUAUUUUAGUAAGCUAUUCAUCCUGCUUAGACGGUUUUAUGUUUAAACGAAGAGGAGAAAUGAAAAGAAAUGUGCGUGUAUUGCGCUCCAACACCAGAGUUCAGCCACUCUUAAAAAAAAAAAAAAAAACCUUAAGCAUGUCACGGAGAGGCGGGACAAUUGAACAAUGGACGUUAUGUAUUGGUUAGCUCCACCCGAGCAAAUUAUAAUCGGAUUUAUCAUUGGUUGACAGAUACGUCGAUCGCAUACUUGUUACACAAUUAAAUUAUUUAACAGCGAAGUAAACAAUGUUUACCAAAGCUUAAAUAAAAUUAUAACAUUUCAAAUAAAAUAACCAGUGAAUAUACCGUUCAAUUAGAGUAGCAAAUAAAAUCGUUUUGAGAAAUAAUUACAGAAAAGCAUAUAAACUUCCGGGUCACUCGAGCAAGGCGGAAGUAAUUAAUGUUACAGUCGCUGACCAAGAUGGCGGGGCACGAUCCGAAGAACAACAAAACGUCGAAACCAGGAGGGAAGGGCGGCCAGCCGCUGGUCAUUGCCAAAACUCCUGCGGAAGAACAACGCCUCAAGUUGGAGAGGUUGAUGCGGAACCCAGAUAAACCCGCUGCAAUCCCGGACCGACAGAAAGAAUGGAACCCUCGGGCUCCGCCCGAGUUCGUCCGAGAUGUAAUGGGCUCCAGCGCCGGCGCGGGCAGCGGUGAGUUCCACGUUUAUCGGCACCUCCGACGCCGAGAGUAUCAGAGACAAGACUUUCUGGACAAAAUGUCCGUGAAGCAAAGCAAGGAGCAGGCUUACUUGGACAAAGUGGAACAAAACCAACGGGAAGCCGAUGAGAGGACGGCAAAGCGCAGGAAGAAGCGAGAAAAGAUGAAGCAGAAGACGUUAAUGGCGAAAAAAGCCAAACAAGACCAAGGAGAUGGAGACGCGGAGAGAAGACCCGAUGAUAGCAGUGAAGACGAAAAGAAGGACGAGGAGGAAAAAGAGGCUGAUGAUGAUGCUGAGGUCCCUAGCUUCAUCAUGGGGAAGAAGUAGUCAAUUUUGCAAUGGGCAGGACACUUGAAACGACCAGUUGCCAUUAUUGACCAACGAUGAACAUGACUGUAAACGUCCUUUUUAAAAAAAAAAAAGUUUCAACUAUGUUCUCUGAUUGAAUAGCCACAAAGCUGGUGAUGGUCGAAUCAAAAGUUCAAGCAUUCUUCUUGUGCUGCACAGUUACUCAGGAAAGUAUGUCUUGCCUCAAGAAAUCUGUGAUUUGGACUUGUUCAAAAUUGUUGCACAGCCUCCGUUUUGCCCUCAUUUGGAUAAUGAUUUUAAUAAACAAACAUAAUGGACAGGUGUCGAGUAGUUUAUAAGUACUCCAAAUUCCCCUUUUUGUAGUCGCUUGAACAUUUAUCCUACUUAUGGUGCAAGUACUAGUACAUUCUUUAUCCUCGCUAGAAGUACAAUUUUGGCAUUCCAGCGAGACAACUGCAUGUUGCUCGUGUGGCAAAACUGCACUGGUUGACAGCUGCAUGUGAGUAGAACUAAUGGUGAUGUAAAAUUCAGAAUAAUUAUUUGCCAAGUAUGUCCAAAAAACACAAGGAAUUUGUCUCCGGGAGUUGGAGCCGCUCCAUUCCGACAACAGACAGUCAAUUGACAGAGAACACUUUUGAGACAUAAAGACAUUGACAAAAAAACAGUCACUGAGCAGUAAAGGGUUGCUAGUUAUCUGGUAAUGCUGGUACAUGUUUUUUGGGACAAUUGUGCAAAAAGAUGCAGAGUCCUCUAGCACUUAGAGCAGUUCGAAUGACUAAUAUAGCAAUAGUCCCGUGCAAUGACCAUUGUGCAAAGGGCGCUGAGACUUCAAGGAGUGUAUGCGGUUUAAAGUGACGAGUAGUGCGAUCAUCUGGGACAAUGUUGGUUGUGCAAAUGUUGAAGAUACACCUCAAUCAGUGUGCAAAUGGAGCAGAUACUACUCUGGCAUGAGUGGCCAGUAUUGGUCAACGACAGAUAUGCAAAUAGUGCAGCGUGGUGAGACAACUACAGUGAGUGCACGAGUGAUGUAUAAUUGGCCCCACAGAAAUGUGACAAAGAACUCAAGUCAAAAAAUUGCCAGCAUGUUGCAAUGGAAUUGUAGGUUAGCUGUUUAAGAAGUUGAUUGCAAGAGGGAAGAAGCUGUUGGAAUGUCUGCUAGUUCUAGUUUGCAUUGAUCGGUAGCGCCUACCUGAAGGAAGGCGCUGGAAGAGCUGGUGACCGGGAUGCGGAGAGUCCGAGAGUAUUUUGCACGCGCUUGUCUUCGUUCUGGAAGCGUGCAAGUCCUCAAGGGUCGGUAGGGGGGGUACCGACAAUCCUUUCAGCAGUUUUGAUUGUCCGUUGCAGUCGGAGUUUGUCCUUUUUUGUAACAGCACCAAACCAGACUGUGAUUGAAGAACACAGGACUGAUUCGAUGACCGCUGUGUAGAACUGCCUCAGCAGCUCCGGUGGCAGGCCGUGCUUUCUCAGAAGCCGCAGGAAGUACAUCCUCUGUGGAUGUGCACCGAAUCGUCAUACUCGCGAGGGCAGAGCGUACCACUAGUACAUGGACCUUAAGCUGGAUGUCGAGGAUGUUGAAUAAAUAUCUCAAACCCAUUUCCCAAUCUGCCUAUUGCUUCAAGUCAUUUUGCAACUUUGGAGCAAUCCCACUGCGACAUCUCUGCAGCCUUGCGGUGUUGUUGCUCCCUUGCACUUGUCUGUUGCUUGUGGACACAACAAGGUUGCAAACAGCAAUUCAAAGAAUGAAAAGGCGUGACUUCUGGAGUCUCAGAAGCAUCACGUGCGAUGUUCUUUGGACAAGACUCCCGCUUUCCACGGAGGCGAUGGACUCUGUAGACAUCACCUUUCUUGAGGCGGGUAGAGAAAAAACACGGGCUGCCGGGUAUUGUCUGAAUCAGGUGAAGCGCUUCCUGUUGGACACCGCUGGCUGUCACAAACUCAAUCGAAACACACGAUGCUUUGUUUGUAGUAAGAAGAUUGGCAGUUGUGCUCUAUUUUUGUAUGGUUUUAUAAUUUCAUCUAAAAUGUUUAAUCAGGGCGGCACGGUGAACGACUGGUUAGAGCGUCUGCCUCACAGUUCUGAGGACCGGGGUUCAAUCCCCGGCUCCGCCUGUGUGGAGUUUGCAUGUUCUCCCCGUGCCUGCGUGGGUUUUCUCCGGGCACUCCGGUUUCUUCCCACAUCCCAAAAACACGCAUGCUAGGUUAAUUGACAACUCUAAAUUGCCCGUAGGUGUGAAUGUGAGUGCGAAUGGUUGUUUGUUUAUAUGUGCCCUGCGAUUGGCUGGCAACCAGUUCAGGGUGUACCCCGCCUCCUGCCUGAUGAUAGCUGGGAUAGGCUCCAGCACGCCCGCGACCCUAGUGAGGAGAAGCGGCUCAGAAAAUGGAUGGAUGUUUAAUCAGAUCCUUUUACACCUGUGCUGUGAAACAAAAUGACUAACAAAGGGUUAACUCCUAGUUUAUUUUUUCAUAAGAUUUUUUUGUUGCAAAAAAAAAUCUAAAUAUUUUGAAAAUAAAAUGAGUGUUCCAAAACUUA